GCUUUUUCUACUGAUCAGAGUGUGUUAGAUAAAAAUGGCGAUUUAUAAACUAUAAAUCACCAAAACUCAUCUGUUUUGGUUUCAGGAACACCGCUCACCCGUUCCAAAACUGUUGGCUGCACUUGCGGCAAAGUGACAACACCGUCCAGGUGACAUAAUCUUUGUUUUAUAGAGAAAACAGUCUCUGAAGUUAACCUCACUUGAAUUUCCUAAUUAAAACAUUUGUUUGCAUAAUUGCCAUAAGAAGAGUUUUUCGGAAAUGCCUUAUAAAUAUAUAGGCAGAACCCACGAUUUCGUAGGCAAGUCGCUAUGGGAAAUUGUCGGAAACCUGAAGAAUUUUGGUGUCGGACGAUUUGUUGCGCGGGGUAAACAUCAAAGAUACCUCGAACCCAGUUAUAUGAAGAUUUUGAAGGUGGAAACCUUACCUCGACCUGAAGACGAAUCUAUAGAUAAUCUUCGUAAAGUGAGGGUUCUUGUGGAACAAACAUUUAGAGGAAAAACUGUUACCAAGCCUGUCCUUAUUGAGCGCGUUUCUUACAAAACAGAUUACCGACUGAUACCCAAGGACGAAGAGCAGACAUAUUGUAAAUUUGAUCAAAUCUCGGUGAUUCCAGAGAAAAUAUUGCCAAAGUAUAUGGACUUUCCACCUAUAUUUAAGCAACUGAAUAUAAGAGAGAGCUUAAAUAGAGGUGGACCGACAAAAGAAGACUUGCAACUGGAAAUUGUCUAUAACAACAGCAGCAAGAAAAUGAAAUAUAAAAUUGCUGAAGAAGGUGAGGAGCCAACAGUCAAAAUAGCAACUGGAGUAGGACAACCUGUAGUACCACGACUUUACGCAAGUUGUGAAAGGUCAAUUGCGUAAUUUGCCUUUAUGUUUUUUUAUGGAGUUAAUAUUAAUAAAGUUUGAUUGAGUUAAAUCAUUAACUGCAA